AGUGAAGGCAUCAUUUCAGUCAAUAGUCUGGAAAUUUCUGAAUGUUUUUAAAAUGCAUUGACUUUUAAUGCCAUUCAAACGCAUUGCAAAACACAAUACAAAUAAACAUCACUUUUGUUAGUAAUUAAUUGUUAUUUAAUUGUAAUUAACUUUUGUCUCAAUAUAUUUGCGAGUAUUUGUGUUAAGCAUCACAUCCUUUACCACAAUGAGUGUCAGCGAUGAUCAUAAACAACAGGCAUUGGCGGCCAAAACUCGUGGCAACGAUUACUACAAGAAGAAGGAGUUCAAGGAAGCGCUGGAAGAGUACGGCCGCGCCAUAGGUCUCGACCCGUUGGACAUGACUUACCACUUGAACAGCGCUGCCGUCCAUUUCGAGCUCAAAGACUACGAGGAAUGCAUCAAACAGUGCGACAAAGCCAUCGAAGUCGGCCGCGAGAACCGCCAGGACUACACGAUUAUCGCCAAAGCGUACGCCCGUAUGGCCAACGCCUACCACAAGAAGGACGACUUGGAGAACGCGAAGACGUAUUACCAGAAGUCGCUGACAGAGCACAGGACGCGCGAAACGAUGGCCAAACUGUCGGACAUCGAAAAGGCCCUCAAAGAUAGGGAACGCCUUCUGUAUAUCAAUCCGGAGAAAGCGCUCGAAGAGAAGACUUUAGGCAAUGAUUUGUUCGCCAAAGGCGAUUACCCGAAUGCUAUCAAACACUAUACGGAAGCGAUUAAACGGAAUCCCGAAGACGCGAAGCUGUACUCGAAUCGCGCGGCCUGUUAUCAAAAGUUAGCCGAAUUUCAAUUGGCUCUCAAAGACUGCGAGCAAUGCAUUCAAUUGGAUCCACACUUCGUGAAGGGCUAUACGAGGAAAGGGUUGGCAUUGAUUGCGAUGAAGGAGUUCUCCAAAGCGCAGACCGCGUACGAGAAGGCGCUGGAGAUCGACAAAAACAAUCAGGAGGCGAUUGAAGGCUUCAAGAAGUGUAUCCUGAGUUCGAGCUCUAAUCCGGACGAAGUGCGCAAACGAGCGAUGGCUGACCCGGAGGUGCAACAGAUCCUAUCGGAUCCGGCGAUGAGACUAAUUCUGGAACAAAUGCAAACCGAUCCCAAAGCCGUGCAAGAACAUCUGAAGAAUCCGGAGAUCCAGUCAAAGAUCUACAAACUGAUGGAAUCGGGACUCAUUGCCAUCCGAUAAGAAUGACCGCACGUUUAGUUUCAAUUGUAUUGAUGGCUAAGAAUUUGAUUUAAAACUUGAUAUAAAACAUGUUUUUUUGCAUAAAUUUUUUUCAUUUAAUUCAAUAUUUUAUUAAAAGAUUUUUCUCAAAAAAAAAAGACAA